CUACCCGCCGCGUAGGAAUGACCAAUCCAUCGGACGCGCGCUUUCGGCUUGUCUCACGUCUAAGUCGGUCGAACCGAAAGCCUGAAGGGCGUAGGGUUUCAUUUUCUUUUUCCCAUGGCUUGCUGAGCAAUCAUUUCCUUUGGGCGAUGGGCUCUUCGAAGGGUGGGAGGGAGAAGAACCGCGAGCUCAGUGAUCACGUGCUCAAGCUUCGCCGGCGCCUUCAAGAUGCUUUGUCCCUCGGCAUCAGGCUGAUUGAUGGGAAAGGUAAGAGAUGGCAAUGCCUUGAUGCUGAAAUUCAAUGUUAUGCUCUUCGAACAAUGGUUGCUUUUAUCGAGUGUAUGUCUUCUGCUACCUUGCAACAUCCUCUAAUAAAGGACUCCAUUGGGGACAUGCUAGUAGCCUUGGAAGGAAUCCUUCAAUCUGAAAAUGAAAGAAAUUUGAGCCUGACAAUUGAAGUUGUAAAUAAGUUAUUGAGCAGUUUAGGGAGUUCUAUACGUCAGUAUCAUGUGGUUGAGGUAGUGUUUGCUCUAUCACGCUUGGUGUCAUUAUCUCACCCAGUGGUUAUUAUUUCAUCUGCAAUUGCCUUAAAUCGCAUCCUGACUAACCUUGGUCACAUGAGAUCUGAGGUCUACAUGGAAAUAUGGAAAGCUUUGGAAAAGGCCAAUAUAGUACACAAUAUUUCUCUUGGCCUACAGGAUUAUCUUGUUGGAAUAUCAUCAUCUGAAUAUUUCAUACAAAUGAGUUCACUUCUUAAGACUAUAUUGUGGAAGUGGCCUUCCUCUAGGUAUUGUGUUUGGAGCAACUCUAAUUUGAUGGCUAAACUGGGAGACGGAUUAUCUGAUCCAGAUUCUAAAAUAAUUGUUGGUGUUCUGAACUUGUGUUCUGCUUUAGCUCUUUGUGGUAACGGGGCACUGAAGAUUUUAGAGAACGAAGAGCUUCUUUCUAAAAUUGUCUGUGCCCUGGAAAGUUCACAGGAUUAUAACGUUCGAGUAGAAGCACUGAAAAUAUGUCAACAAUUAUCGAGAUCUCAAGAGGGAUGCUCGAAGCUAACCAAAAGUCACUGUGACUCCAUUGUUCAAGGAAUAUUUGCUGCAAUGAGUGAAUGGUGUUCAUUGGGUUCUAGAAAGGUACCCCCUGAUCAAAUGACUUUAGUAAAGGAAGCAUGUCAAUCUGCAUUAAUGACGCGCUGGGCUGGGAUUCAUCAUUCCUAUUUCUGGAAGCUUAAGGUAGAUAGGAUCCUUCUUGAUGUUCUUACAGGCAAUACCAGCACAGCUUUCGGAAAUGAAAUUGUAUUCCAUCCAGAAGACAUAAUAGCUGAAUUUUCUAGUAGCUGUAUAGAAAUAAGAUCAUACAUUUGGAAUAUUCUUGGAUAUAUUGCAGCACAUUGUGCGGAAGAUUUUCUUCCCUAUAAUGGGAAAUCGGGUUACUUAGAAGUACUUAUUAACAUUGCUUGCUUAAUGGCCAAUGAGUUUUGGUAUAAUGGCAAAACAUGCUCAUCGUCUAAUUUAUGUGAAGUUGAGCCUAUUUCUAGGGCAGUUCUACUGAUGGUUUUUUCACCCUGCAAGUUCAUUUCAUCACAGGCAAGAAAUUGCAUAGCAAAAGUGGCCUGGACUUCCGGCACUGAAUACCUUGAGAAGUUAUUAGGUUCCCUGAUGUUUAAUUUUAGUGGUGACGCCUCUCCAGUUUCAUACAGUCUUCAUACUCUCAUUAACCUUGUAAGUCUAGCUUGCUAUUCAACUUUGCCAUUAUAUCAACAGUUCAUAGUUCAAAGAAAAGGUAUAGAUCUAUUGGCUGAUAUCAUUAGGAAGUGCUUGAAAAAUGAGACACAUGUUAGCAUGCCAAAUAUUACUUCUCAUCUGCAUGGUGCUUCUGAUGGAAAACUAUGUUGCUGGAGUAAUAUAGAAGAUUGGGUAGGUGGGGACCUGAUCUUGUUUCACAGUCUUCAGAUACUUUCACAAUUGAUACCUUUCUCUAACUUCAUAUGCGAUUAUUCCAAGAUAAUCUCAAGAGACUAUGUCACCUCCAAUAAUUUGGGAGUUUUGGUUGAAUCUUUGUUCAAGAGUCUUAGCAGUAUAUUAGACAACACUUACAGCCCUGGAAGCAGAUGGUAUGCUCAAUACGUGUUAAGCUUCUUUGGGCUAUAUGGCUUUCCAAGCAAGCUUGGCAAACGGAUGGGCGUUGCACUCACUGAAAAUGAACUUGCUGACAUACAAUUUUUAUUUACAAAUGGUCAGCCUUUGAGAGUUCAUGGUUCCAUUCUCGUGGCUGUCUGUUCUUAUCUUCUACCUCCUAAAGAUUCUUUCAUUAAGAAGAAUAUAUUGGAUUGUGAAUCUUUGAAAGGAAAUAGGCAGCACGGAACAAAUUUCAGACAUGAAGUAAAACUGUCUGAACGUGUUGAUAGUUCCGUGCUUAUGAAGAUUCUGGAUUAUAUUUAUACGGGGUUUAUUAUUGUUGAAGAUGAUGAGGUAAAAUCUGUACGUAUUCUAGCAAAGCGCUGUGGCUUGAAUUCCCUGUCAUAUAUGCUUAAUAGAAAACUUCCAGAAUGGGGAACUCCUGUCCCAAACUGCGACUUUAGCCAUGCACUUGAACCAGCAGAACAUCAUCUUUCGGACACUAUAUUGGAAGCGAAUGAGAUUACUGGAGUGACUUGGACUUGUGCUAUGUGUGUACUAACUUUGCCGCAUAUUCAUGCGCACAGGGUCAUAUUAUGGUCUAACUGUGGUUAUUUGCGAGCACUAUUUCAGUCAGGAAUGAGUGAAAGUUAUUCAGCAAUCAUCAAAGUUCCUGUUGGCUUCCAAGCACUAACUAAAUUAGUUGCGUGGUUCUAUACGGGAGAACUCCCAAGAAUAAAUCUGGAUUGUAACUGGAGCAAUAUGACCACAAAUCAGCAACUCCAUGAAUUGCAAUCUUACGUGGAACUAUCUUGGCUUGCGGAAUUCUGGUUGUUAGAGGAAGUUAGAGAAGAAGCCUUGAAUGUAGUUUUGUCAUGCCUGGAACUAAACCAGAAACUAUCAAUGGAGAUCAUAAACUUUGCUUUAGAACUCCAUCAAUGGAGGAUCGUGGAAGCUGCGGCUAAAAAUAUUGCUCCUUUGUACCCAAAGAUGCGCGACUCGGGGGAUCUUGAAAACUUCAGUGAAGAGGCUGUGGAUUUGUUGCGAUCGGAGUAUGUAAGGCGCUCUCAAAAGGGAUUUUCGAAGGAUGGCUGAACUCUUUUCAAUACUCAACUGGAGCAAAUAUCACCAGAACAGAUUGAGCUUGAAAUAUAAACCAUAAAUUACAAAUGAAUCAGAGAUGCAACGCCCUUUCAAAGAGAUUCAACGGCCAAGUUUUACCAUUUUUUGGCUGUUCUUGAACAUGCAAAGGUUUUCCAAGACCAACUUCCUUUUUUUCUGGAGUAGCUUUCAUUUGUAGAUUGUAGGGCUCUCAUGUUGUAAAUUUGAGAUUUAUGUGAAGGAGAAUAUUAGUCUUGAUACGGUUGUAUAUCAUUUGUUGCACAUGUUCUAUAUUAUUUGUGCAGGAAAAUAUUUUUUAUCAGUAUAUGAAAUGUAAAGUAAUCAAGGGAAAAUUUUUUAGCA